AUGUGGCACAGCUCGGUAACCAAUGAGAUACCCGCUGUAGUGUCUCGUGAUCCUUCCAAGGACUGCAAGAGUCCGUCAAGGCGACAUGACAUUGAUGGUAUUUGGCAAAAGCAGAUCAAAAGCACAGCGUUCUCCGUCUCGUUCAAUGCCAACGACUCCAAAGUCUUUGUAACGUUGAAGGGGACUGUCAAGCAGGCAGUCCUUACCUUUUCGACCCGGUACGGAGAGCAGUCUGAUUCGCUCUGCAUUAUCGAAGACAGAUCUGACUCCAACUCCGACGAUCAUCACGAAAGUCUCGACAGAUUUUGCCCAGAGGCUGUCCGCUUCUCCCCCGUUCUCGGCUACGCAGCUGUCACGUAUCGCAGUUCCCACCUGACUCUCUUCGAUCUUAACGAGGAAGACAAGCUCGAGAGAUUAUUUCGCAUAGAGAAGAAGGGCUCCGAAAAGUUACGUCCACCCCAAAUUCUGGAUGUUGUCUUCAACCCCGCAAUAGAAUCUGGCCUGAUGGCCGUUGCAUACCAAGAUGGGGAUAUCAUUGUGAUUCACUUUGAUGAAGACCGGUGGCACCAGGUCGGCUCGGUCAGUCUGCACUCGCGAGUGCUCGCCAGCUCGCCGGAUGGCAUGAUCCUGGCGGCCGGAGAUACCGAAGGAGGAGUGUCGCUCUUCAACUUCGACUCUCUUCAGUUGUUACAUCGACUUGAACUUCUUGAAGAGACUGUGGUUGGCAUCAUGUUCUCCUCCAACACCCUCAGGCUCUACGAUAUCCGGGGGCGUUCUUGCAAUGUCUGGGAGCCUUCUGUUCUACUUAGGCAGAAUGCGACCGACGAUACGUCCAGCGACCAAGAUGACAUCCCAGACGAAAGCAAUCUUCAAAGAUCUGUUACCAGGCCUUUUGAUGAGGCCAAGUUUGUUACUGUAUUGACACCCAUGGGUGAUGACAAACAUGUUUUUUGUGGUAGAGAAGACGGGUCCGUCUCGAUUCACGAUGUCAAAGACGGACAGAAGAUUGUCGAGUUCAAGCAUCACUCCGCAAGCAUUCGCGUAGUCGAGUAG